UUGAAACCAGGAAACGACUGGUUCAUUGACUUCACGAUUCGUCUUUAUUUCAUUUUCUUCACUCCGCGUAUCUGUCGUCUGCUUAGAUUUAUAUAACUAUAUUUAAGAUGAAGAAAAAACCCGACGCUAAACCCGGUGCUGCUAGAAAGGAAGCAGAAAAGGAAGGACAACACAGCAAAGCAGAGGUUAAAAGCCAACCUUCUCAAAGCUCUUUGCUCAUGAACAUUGGAAAGUGUUUGCUUUUAAUCAUCAUCAUCCCGCCAUUCCUGAACUAUGCAUCGCUGCAAAGAGAAGGACAGAUGCUGCUGCCAAAAGAUGGCCAGAUUGUAGAUGUCGGCUUGGGUCAACAGAUGCAUCUCUUGUGUAAAGGACAGGGAAAACCAGUUGUUAUACUAGAUGCACCCACUGGAAUGUCCUCAGACAUUUGGUUUUAUGUCCAAGAGAGUGUUGCCACGUUAACAAAGGUCUGUACCUAUGACCGAAUGGGAUUGGGUUUUAGCAAGCGUCUGAUGCAGAAUGAAACCAUGGGAACUGAGAAAGUUUGGGGCGUUUCUACAACUGGACGGAUGGUGGACGAUCUGCACCGCUUGCUGCUUGCCGCCGGAAUUGCCAUGCCUUUGAUAUUGGUUGGCUCAGAGAUUGGCACGCUCAACAGCAGGUUCUACAGUCACAUACAUGAUGCGCAAGUAACAGACCUGGUGUUGAUAGAUCCUAUUCCAGAAGACAUUUUUGAAGAGGAGCAGUGGAAAGACCACUGGUAUGGUAAGCUGCUGCCAUCCCUUCAAGCCAAGCAGUUUUCAGCAGCUUCCGGGCUGAGCCGCUUGCUGAUUAUCCUGGGAGCCAUUGAACCAACUAUCAAAGAAAAUGUCUCAGAGGAGAUCAUCCAGAGGCAGAAAUACCUUUUAAGUAACCCUGCCCAUCAGAGUAGUGCUGUGGAUGAACAUUACUUUCUGAAUGAAAGUGCAGCUCAAGUAAGGGACAUUACACGAUAUAAGCCCCUCUCAAGCAGGACCUCUGUAAGUGUGAUCACUGGGGAUUCCUUUGACCAGCAAAUCCCAAAUCACCUAAAUCAAAUGGUAUCUAAGCUUCAAAAGAAGUUUCUGGAGGAGUCCUACCCAUCAGUCGAUCACGUUCACAUAAAAGGAGUAGACCGUCGAAUGAUCUACAAGAAGCCAUCUGCCAUCAGCCAGUACCUCAAGAAGCUAGUCAGCCAGCGACAAGCCAAACAGCACAGCCACUGACCCACGGCCAAGAUAUAAAUAUAAAAGAAACUGUAUAAAAUGUUGUAUAAUUACCAUGGAAAACAUUCAAGAUAUCUUUUUGCUUCCCCCUCCAGCAUAAUGUCCAGAUUAUCUACAAGACCAGUGAAGAUUGUCAUGUAGUCAGUUUUACAUUUUUUCUUUCACCCCCACAACUACUUUUGCUGUGUUGCGAGCUUCAGUUGGGGAUAACUGGAGGGUAUUCAGUUUGAUAAAAUAUUUGCUGUCUUCAUUGGACUCAGGAAAUCUUAUCAUCUGUUGUUAUUUCGGCCCCUGAUUGGCCAAUACCAGAAAUAAGCAUUUGCUUCUUAUCAUUGAAAUGGCCACACACUUCAUUGCUCAACCUGAUAUUUUGACAUCAUGCAGUUGUGUUAAUAUGCUCAAAUGUAAUAACCAUAGGCUAAAGUAUAUACAGCGGAUACAUUAAGUCUAGACACGUUUUCAAAUGCCAGGUUAAAAGAUUAGAUGCAGACAAAUCAUUUUAAAACUUUCCACCAUUGUGAUCCAGAGCCUGUACAACAGAAUCCCCCCCUAAGGACAAGAGAUAUAACGGUUAAAGUUGCAGUUGCAGAAGUGUACACACCCUUUUAAAACUGGAUGUGAUUUGCUCAGAAACAACUAAAGACAUUAAAACUUGUGUUAAAUUAGUCAGCACACACCUGCUACCAUUUAAAGUGGCAUUGAUAAAUCUCAAAUAAAGCCAAGAUUUUCUAGUAAAAACCAACAAACACCUGAAAUCUCACAAAGGUACGUGAAAAAUUUGUUACGGUUCAAUGGGAAAAGCCUACAGGAACAUUUGAACUAUUUAGGGUUAAUCGGAGGCACUCUAAAUGGGUGUGCUGACUCCCAUUCAAGAUGAUUUUGUCUGCCACAUUCACAGUUAUAAGAGACACUUGUCCAGCAACAUUAUCUGUUUCCCUUGUCCUUGUAAAAGAUUUGUUUUCAUUGAGUUGUACAGCUUACAGCUCACAUAAAUGGUGGAAACAGUUUUUACAUACUUUUCUUGAUUUGAUAAUAUGAUGCCACAAAAAUAUGGCAUUGCAAUAGGGGUGUGCAGACUUUUAUAACACUGAAUUCCUUUUUAUCGUUUCCAUUAAUUUUUGCCAUCUUUCAGUUCAUUAGAAUUAAAUCAGAUGGCAGCCAGACACAUACUUCCGAGAUGGAUAAUUGCAUUCACUAAUUUAACAGAAUAAAUAUUGUGAAUUUUUGUACUGCAAUUCUUUUGUUUACAAUUUAAGAUGUAAAUGAACUUAUUGCAAACAAAAGCUUGAAUGUGUGAAAAAAAGCAGACAUCAGUAGUUCAUCCUGAGGAUUUAAGUUUAAUUAUGACACCACAUCAAAAUAAAAAUUUCCAACAGAUUUGGAAUUUAAUUCCAUCCAUAUACAUGCAUAGCAACAACAUUUUAAGAAACAUGUUCUCCCAUUAUCAGGACACUGGAAUGAUAAUCAGUAUUCCCACUGACCUCCCACCCUUCUCGUUUGUUAGCAAUAAACAUAAUUCUUUUUUUUUUCUGCCCCAGUGGGGUUACAAAUAAUUAUAUGCACAGUCCCCAUUUCAUAAUACUGCUUUCAGUAAUGUUCCCUCAUUUACAAAGUAUUGCAUUGAGAGCAAAUUUUCAAAAAGGGAGACCAAAGUGUAUCAUUAAACAGAAA